AGUCUGUAUUGCCUCGCCAAAUGGCUCGGGAGUCGAGAACUGGGCUAGGAAAACGGGAAAGUGAAGAGUCGAUUGAUGGCAGAGUUGUAUGGACAUAGUACGCGAUUGUGAGGAAUUUACAGAAGAAUCCGUGGGUAUUAGGAUUAACUAUCAUACAUUCAGUGCCUUGAAUAUGGAGCGUGCAUGAGGCCAGUGGAUUUUUUCGCCAGCUGCUGAGCGGGUCCUCUCCAGGCAGUGAACUCUCAGCAUGGACUUGAACGAGUUUCCUCCCCCACCACCUCCCGAAAUGUUUAUUGAGCAUUCCCCGUUCCCCGAGGAAGAGGAGGGGGAGCAGUUUGACUUUGACGACAGCGGAGACGAGGUUCCCGAAGCGGACAGGCCGCCGCCCGCCCCCCCUGCCGCUGACUACGGGCCCCCGAGCGACGUCGAAGGCGGGGUACCCUCCGGAGAGGGCAUGCCUGAACCCACGGAGGGGCAGGCCCCAGGUUCAGUGAACGGCGAAGGUGGGGCCCCCCUGGGAACUGAGGGAGAUUUGCCCCCACCUGUAGGAGGUGCUGUUAGUUCUAGCGCGGACGGCGCCCAAUCGGAACCCGAGCAAGAUUUGCCACCGCCUCCAGAGGGCGCUGUGGACUCUGUCAUGGAUGGUGCCCUCGCAGAGGAGGAAGGCGCCGGCGAGGACGCCGUUCGCCCGGCGGCCGCACAGGGAAAGGCGAGCCCGUACUCGGUGAUCGACAUCGGCCCCCUCCAGCACCAGCAGCCGCCGCCGCCGCCGCCGCCGCCUCCCCCUCCCUCCUCCUCCUCCCCGGAGCCCGAGCCCGGCGCCCCGGACGAGACGGCCGCCCCCCUGGGCUACUCUGUCCCCAUGGCCUGCGGGUACGCCGUCCCCUCCAACGUUCCCGCCAUCCCGCCGGCCUACACCACCCCCGUCAUCAUCCGCCACCUCUCCGUGGACGAGGACGUGACUGUGGUCAGGACGUGCGGCACUUCAGUGGACAGUGAAGAAUAUCCGGUCAUUAGAGAAGAAGAUGCACUGUCCAGAUGGGUGUCCGAUCCUGCAAACACGGCCUGGAUGGACAAUCCAGACGAGGUUAUUUAUGAUGACGUCCCCAGAGAGAAUUCGGAUUCCACUACAGAUCCUGAGGAGAUGAUCUACGAUGACGUGGAGCUGGGGGAGGAGGGGGGCAGCAGUUCCCUGGACAACGGCUGGAGCUCCAGCGAGUUCGAGAGCUACGACGAGCACAGCGACGGGGAGGGCCGCAACGGGCUCCCCGACGCCUUCAUGAGGGGGAGGACCCCCCGCAGCAAGACCCACCUCUCGCAAGAUCUGACGCGGUUGAAAGAACACUAUGAGAAAAAGAUGAAAGAUCUCGUGGCGAACACGGUGGGGACUGUAGAGCUGCAGCAGAUAAGGCAGAAACAGGAACAGAAGAUGCAGAAACUGGUGAAGGCGGCGAAAGAAGGGACCAAAGACGGCCUAGAGAAGACCAAAGCUGCAGUGAAAAAGGGAAGGUCGUUCAUAAAAACCAAAUCCUUCUGCCAAGAGCGGAAGUCGUCCUGCUUGGAGGAGGAAGGGGACCUCUUCAUCGAGGUGGAGUGUUUCAACGUGGAGCCCGAGCUCAGCCCCAUGCCAGAGGGACUCUCUCAACAGCAGGUGGUGAGGAGGUACAUACUGCAGUCGAUACUGGAAAGCGAAAAGAACUAUCUGGAUGCACUGAAGCGCAUACUAGAGCACUAUGAGAGGCCCCUGUCGGAGAUGGACCCCCGCCUCCUGAGCGAGCGGAAGCUGAAGAUGACGUUCUACCGCGUGCGGGAGAUCCUGCAGUGCCACGCCCUGUUCCAGAUCGCCCUGGCCAGCCGCGUGGCCGAGUGGGACGCCUCCGAGAUGAUCGGCGACGUCUUCGUGGCUUCGUUCUCCAAAUCCAUGGUGUUGGACGCCUACAGCGAGUACGUGAACAACUUCAGCACGGCUAUGGGGGUGCUGAAGAAGACGUGCGCCUCCAAACCGGCGUUCGUGGAAUUCCUCAAACACUGCCAGGACAGCAGCGGCGACCGCGUGACCCUCUACGGGUUAAUGAUGAAGCCCAUCCAGCGAUUCCCACAAUUCAUCCUGCUCCUGCAGGACAUGCUGAAGAACACGCCCGUCGGCCACGCCGACAGACUGCCGCUCCAGAUGGCGCUGACCGAGCUGGAGACGCUGGCCGAGAAGCUGAACGAGAAGAAGAGGGAGGCCGACCAGCGCUGCGAAGUCAAGCACAUCGCCAAGGCCAUAAACGAGCGCUACCUCAACAAGCUCCUGAGCAGUGACAGCCGGUACCUCAUCCGGUCGGACGACAUGGUGGAGACCGUGUACAACGACCGCGGGGAGAUGGUCAAGACCAAGGAGCGGCGUGUCUUCCUGCUCAACGACGUGCUGAUGUGCGCCACGGCUAACGUUCGGGGCAGCCAGGACAGCGGCGGCGGGGGCAGCGGCGGGGGUGCGUCCCUGGGGCAGAAGCUGCUGCUGAAGUGGAGCGUGCCCCUCAGCCUGGUGGACGUGGUGGAGUUCGGCUCCAGCGAGGAGGCCGGCGACGGCGGCCGCUUCGCCGCGCCGCACUCCGGGGAGAACGUGGUCAUCAACGCCAGGCCAAACAAGCUGUACGUGGGUCCAGGCCAGCUGUACCAGGACCUGCAGAACCUCAUCCACGACCUCGGACUGGUAAAGCAUAUCUCCAGCAUGAUUGGCAGCCUGAAAGGAAACUACCAGAAUGUGAACUCGGCUGUGGCCCAGGACUGGGUGUCGGGCCUCCAGAGACUCAUCCUGAAGAAGGAGGAGGAAAUCCGGGCCGCCGAUCGCUGCAGGAUCCAGCUGCAGCUGCCAGGGAAGCAUGACAAGUCCGGGCGGCCGACGCACUUCACCGCCGUGUUCAACACCUUCACGCCGGCCGUCAAGCAGUCGUGGAUCAGCAGCUUUCAGAUGGCCAAGCUGGCCUUGGAGGAGGACAACCUGCAGGGCUGGUUCUUUGCCGAGGACGAUGGGAAUCAGAUGAAGAAACGCAAACACCCCCUCCUCCUGAGGCAGAUGCCUGUGGUCAUGUCCAAGCUGCAGGAGUUCAAGGUGGAGUGUGCGGUUCACAACCCCGAGCCCCUGUACAACACCGAGAGCACGGCGGACACGCCCGUCCUCGGAUACGGCUGCGUGUGGGUGGCCAGCUGCACCAAUCAGAUGGGCCAGAUCUCGGUGGUCAGCCUGCAGAGCCCCGCCCCCAAGGUGACCGAGUGCUUCAACGUGGAGUCGCGCAUCCUGUGCAUGGUCCACGUGCCCCCUGAGCACGUGCAGGAGGCGGAGGGAAGCGAGGCACCCGAAAACAACGUCGGCCCCGGGAGGGGAACCGACAGUCCCACGGUCUGCCUGGGCAUGGAGGAGGGGAGCAUUUCGGUGUACAAGAGCAGCCAGCGCUCCAAGAAAAUCCGCCUCCAGCACUUCUUCACGCCGGACAAGUCCACGGUCAUGAGCCUGGUGUACACGGCACAGUGUUUAUACGCCGGCCUGGUGAGCGGCUCGGUCGCCAUCUUCUCCAGGUCGCCAGAUGGUUCCUGGAGCUCUGACUCUCCUAAGGUGGUGAAGCUUGGGGUGCUGCCGGUGAAGAGCAUGCUUGCUGUGGAGGACCACGUUUGGGCUUCGUCUGGUGGCCAAGUCUUCAUCAUCUGCACCAAGACGCAUGUCAUCGAGAGGCAGUUGGAGGCCCACCAGGAGGAGGGCAUGGUGGUGUCCCACAUGGUGGUGGCAGGGGUGGGAAUCUGGAUCGCCUUCAGCUCGCGAUCCACCCUGCGCCUCUUCCACACAGAGACGCUGGAGCACCUGCAGGACAUCAACAUCGCCACACCUGUGCACCACAUGCUGUCAGGGCAACAGAGGGUCUCUGUGAGCAGUCUGCUGGUGUGUCAUGGCCUGCUGCUGGUGGGGACCAACCUCGGGGUCACAGUGGCCCUGUCGGUCCCCCGACUCCAGGGCAUCCCCAAAGUCACAGGCCGUGGCAUGGUGUCCUUCCAUGCUCACAACGGGCCAGUGAAGUUCCUCACCAUGGCAGCAGCCGUGUGUAACCGUCCCCCGGGGGACCCACCCAGCACGCCCGCCACCGCCUCUGCCACCGCCAUCGCUGCUGACCCCCCCGCCGCCCCCGAACCCUCGGACCCGACCCCGACCCCGACCCCGACCCCGGCGCCCAGGGAGCGGGGCGUGUGGCUGGGCGAGUCGGGCGGCUGCCAGGCCUCGCUCUCCUCCUCCUGCGGCUCGCUCGUGCCUUCCCAGGGCUCCCUGGAGCACGGGCCGGAGGACGGCGCCAUCUACGACCUGCUCAACGACCCCGCCCACUCGCACUGGGGCCGCCGGGCCGCCGAGCGGGUGACCGCCGGCUCCGCGCUGGCCGUGUCGGGGGGCGCCGGCCACCGCCGCGUCAACCGCAAGACCAAGCAGUCCCGCCAGGAGGAGGCGGCCGCCACCGUCAUGGUGUGGCAGAUCCCCCUGCUCAACCUGUGAGAGAGCGGGAGAGGGAGGGAGGCCGCCGCCCCACGGCGGUGAGAGUGACAGUGCAGCUCUCUGGCCGGGAAGCGUGGGAGGACGAGGAGGUGUCGCCGUUUCCUACUCGAAGUCCGCAGCGCUCGCCGACACCCACGGACGCUCGCUUGCCUGAACCAGUAAAAUUGCAGGCCCCCCAGGAAACCUCACCGUGCUUCGCCACGAGACGAAACCUUCGCCGUGUUACAGGAACUAGCGGACGAAACAAUAAAACGAGUGUUGCGGAACGUGCUAGGAGUCCCGCGUAAUCGCUGAACAUUGCCAUUGGAAUGUUCAAUGUAGUUGCCUAGCAGCAAAGGGACACGACCCCGCAUGCGGUGGCAUCAACAAUGUUAUAAUAAACAGGGCCAAUGUGUUUGAGGGAACAGUUAAUUAAAUAUAACCACUCUAUCUCGGCAUCUUUCGGACAGAAAAGUGUUGCACAUUCUUACAGCCGAUUGUAAAACUUCCACUCCUUUUUUUUCUAAGGUUUAAUUGGGCAAUGAGCCUCUUAACUCCCAAUUAAAUCGCUACUAAUGUCACUCCUUUUCCUAACAAAUGCAAAUAAGUAUUCCAUAUGCAUUGAGCAUACUUGACAAUGUUUUAAGAUUAAGAUUAAGUUUUUGCAGGUUAUUUGAACCAGAGGGUUUGAUGUUUUUUGAGCUGGACAUGCAGACUGAUGUAUAAAUGGUAUGGGGCUCCUUUUGCGCAGCGAUGCACCACGUGGUUUGUAUCGAAAGCUGACUACGCCAGCAACGACUGUUACGGGGGGGGGGGGGGGGCACGACACAUAAUUGAGCGUAACGUCACCCAGGGAGAGAACGGUAUUUCUUACCUCGUCACUCAAUAGCGACCCCUCUGGUCAGUUUGGUGUCUGCGGAAUGCUUGCGCCAGCUGCUUAAUGUAGCCCUCGGGCUGAGGUGUUGGACCGCUGGCUAAUUCGUGCUCUUUCUCAAAUCGAUGGCGGAUGUCGGCAGUGAAAUCGGCCGUUCCGAAGUGCAGGAGGGAAAAAUGGGGAACAAAGUGAAUGAAAUAACAAAUAAAAUGGAAUUGCGCAUCCAGCUUUAUCAGUAUUACUCAGCAGAAUCACCUGGAGCUAAGCGCACCCUUGUGUCUUAUUUGGCCAGUGACUAAAGCAGGUGGGGCUUCAGACUUCCUGUCUUAGAGUCCAAGAUGCAGAAGGGAUCAUGUUGCAUGAAGAGAGUUACCUUAAUCAGCAUUCAUCUAUAAAAAAGUAUACCAGUAACACUUUUUGAAAGGUCCUACAUUUGAGUGGCAUAAAGCCUGAAAUAACACCUUCCUAACAACUUCAUAAGCAUUCAUAAACACUUGUGCAGAUGACAGACAUGCACAUGUAAUUGGUUAUUAUGUGUCCCUUUCACAGAGGGGAGAUUACUAUUGUAAUUUUAUUUAUUGCGUUAUUAUAAUGUAAUUUAAACUUUGGAUGACACAGCGAGGCAGUCUAUAUCGUUAGCAAAUGUUACAGUACAAAGAUGUUAUGUAGCUCAUGCGAAAGCCUCUUGUUGCACAUUUGUAUGACCCAUCAUAUAAAGUGUUUUCUGUACGCUUCUGUUGCAAUUCCUGUGAAGGAGAGUGCUCAUCUUAUUAUAGAUCAACUGCAUAAUUAUAAGUAAGGCUAGUUCAAUAUAUCACAUGCUAGUUCACAAGCUAGUUUUUUCUUCAUGGUCUUAUAUGCCGUAACAGUAACCACUGACUGCCAACAUUGGGAGUGAUGCAUGAUGGGAAAAUUCUGGCUGGCCAGAUGUCUUAUUUAUCUUAAAGCUAGUCUUUGUGUGCUGUUUGCAUCUCAGUUAAAUAAUGUCAGCAUCAAUAAUUAUUUUCCACUUGAUAAGAGUGAUUCAAAAUUUACCCAACAACUUUUUACACUAAGGGUAUUUAAAAGCAAUAAGAAAUCUUGAAAAAGAUUUAUUAUAUAUGUUCUAUUUUAUACAUUCACCAAUCUGUAAUGAAAAUAUUUUAUUUAACAUCUAUGAUUUUCUCUAUUUUCUGUAAAAAUUCAGUUAUGUUUGUAACUGGACUAUGGGGCCAAUUAUAUUAGUAAGUUGUGUUUUCUUUUAAAGUUACUGUUUAUAUACUAAUUAUCUAUUAGAUUACAAAAGUGAGUUUUAUGGAGGAAAGAAAGGUUAGAGAUUUUUUAAUUUACAUACUCAGUGAUGUUUAACAAUAUAGGAUCACUAAUGUUGCUGCAGAUGUAAGAUUAUGCAAUGCACUUUAAGAAGCAUGUGUCGGUUCCACAAGUUAUCUUAAAGGUAAAUAACUAGAGACAAGACAAGACGAGAAAUGGCAGGAUUCCCUAUUGAGUGUGUUCUGUCUGACUGAAACCUUUGAGACUGUUAACCUCUGUCUUAAUAUUAUACAUAUAAUACAUAAUUUCUGUGAGAAUUUUAAAAUGAACUUUCAGAAAAUGGCUUUUUACUUAGCAAUGACUUAAUGGCGUGUGCCAUUAAGACAAUAAACAAGGUGCUACUGAUAUAAAAUGGAGUUUGCUGAAAUCAUAUGGUGCCACGAAAAUUAAUAAAUUUGAGCAAACUGCACAUCACUGACACCUUAAUAAUACUUGUGAGGACAGUUAAUUUUUUUAAUGCAACCAAGAUGCGUGGUCAGUUUUGUAUCAAUUCUAAUAGUUUCCACUUGCCUCAAUGUGUAUUUGCACCAGUUCUUUUUAUAUAUUGCAUUGUUUUCUAGUGCUUUCCAUUUCCCUGACAUGUUGAAUUCUUGUUGUCAUUAGGGACGUCCCACGCAAACCAAGGAAUCAGCAUUCACAUAGCUUCGCAUUAAUGGAAAAGAAGCUACUCUUGCAGUAGUUCAAGGGUUCUUUUUUAAAACACUGUCUUAAAUAUUAUGUGCGAUGAAAACACGUAGUAAAGGGAAGCAACAUUGGCUGCUCUUGCCCACAGAGGAAUGAAUAUUGAUUUGAAUGUUAUGAAUAUUGCUUUGUGCCUCUAACACUGUGUCUGAAAUGUGUGCCCCUGCAUUUUUCUAAUAAAAGUAAUUUGUAUGUUUCAUUUAAA